AGGCUCUCCCUCUCUCGCGCACCCAAAGGCGCUCGCUCCCAUACACACUCUUUCAGACACACGGAACUCUAUACAAACAUCAGCCUGGAUUAAUAAUUAUGCCCCUGGGGCAGGUUGGUUGAUCCCAGUAGCUCCCAAGGUGAAGAAAGGCCUGCUCUUGUUCCUUCAUACUGAGACCUGUGGGCUCACACAGCUGGCUUCCAUCACUCCAUGUUUGUGUGUUCUGUCUCCCCUGGAGUUGGACUCUAAUUUUGGCUUUUGACCCCUGGAACAGGAAAGGGUUUUUGAUUUGGCAGGGGACGAGACCUGCUGAGAGCCAGUCUGGACUGAAGCGACAGCAUUUAUUCAUAAUCCGUGGACAACAGGAACAUUUCUUCUACUACACCAGAUCUGAGACUGAGACCACGCUGGAGGCGUGUAUUUAAAGGACCUCUCUGGCCUCUAUUGCCCCAGGACCAUGGGCUCUCUCUGGGGCAGCAUUAUGCUGCUGUGUGGGGUGGUUCUGCUCAGGACGGAGGGCAGCGGAGCCCAACAGACCAAGAACAACGUUCCCCGGCUAAAACUCUCCUAUAAAGACAUGCUGGAGUCGAACAACCUUGUGACGUUUGAAGGCCUGGCCAACAGCUCGGCUUACCACACCUUCCUGUUGGAUGAGGAGAAAGGAAGACUGGUGGUGGGAGCCAAGGACCACAUCUUCUCCUUUAACCUCCUCAACAUCAGCAGAGACUACGCACAGAUCCCCUGGCCGGCUUCUCCCACCAGAAGAGACGAAUGCAAGUGGGCAGGAAAAGAUCUCUCGGUCUCAGAGUAA